AUGGAAAACCUCGUCGCCGAGCAGCUCAAAACGGCCGAAGCCAUAAAAAGGGCUCAUAUCAAUAUGAAGAAAGAUUCACCAUCGAGAAAAACCAAAGAAUACUGCGACAGGAAGAUGGCACAAUUAAAUGAAGAAUGGGACAACUUCAAAGAAACUCAUCAGAAGCUACAAGAACUUCCGAAAACCCAUGAAUACCAUACCAAGGACGUAUAUGGGCAAGCCGAAAAGAUUUAUCAACAAGCAAUUGCCCAUUUGGAAAAAAUUGAGCAAAAACUUCAGGAAGAUGGACUUACGACGGAAGGAAAUGCCCACAAACCAUUAAUUACCGAUUCCCAAAUCAUCAAAGAACAGAUGUCGAGCAUUCAAUUAUUCCUGAAAGAUCUGAACAAAAUCAACAACCUACUAGAAGAUGAAAGUCAUUACGAACUACUGAAGGUCAAACAACAAAAUAUGGAAAGAAGAUGGUCAGAAAUUGUCUCUCUGGAAAUCAAAAUAAACGCUCUGGGAACAGAAGAUGCAGAGUUAUAUUCAAAAAAUGGAUACUUCGAUGAGGCAAAUGAAAAGUACGAAGAAACCCAAGCCAAAUUAAUAACCACAAUCCGAAGAGAAAAAUCAGCAGGAUCCUCAAAAAUUAAUCUUCCAACUACAACUAUUCCGACAUUCACUGGACUGUAUGACUCAUGGCCCAACUUCGGAGAUAUAUUCAAGCAACUAGUAGACAACAACAGUUCCUUCGGAGGUGUAGAAAAAAUGCAACUGUUGAAAACAAAUCUCAUAGGAGAGCCCGCAAGAAUUAUCCAACAUCUGGAAAUAUCAUCUUCCAACUACCAAACAGCCUGGAAACUCAUAGAGGAAAGAUACAACAACCCAAGGAUGCUGUUCAAUAAACACAUGGACAAUCUUCUCAAUUUCACCAAUCUGAAUUCUGAAUCAGCAGGAGCCAUGAAGAAAUUACACGACACUAUUAGGGAAAGCACAGAAGCCCUCAGAAACAUGAAUAUAAACAAAUGGGAAGACAUAAUUGCAUAUAUCAUGCUAAGAAAACUGGAUUCAACUACAGCAAAUCUCUACGAGCAAAGUGUAAACAAGCCACGAGAUAUUCAGCACCUGGAUGACCUCAUCAGCUUCCUAGCUCAACGUUUCCAAACACUUGAAGUCGUCAGAACGAAUACAAAAAAACCAGAAAGAAAGUACGAUGAACACCAGAAAAUAAACAGUCACCUCCAGAGAACAACAAAAUGCAGCAUAUGCAAUAAUCUCCACGAAAUCUACAGAUGUGAAAAAUUCAAAAAUCUUAGCUUAGCUGAAAGAGAAGCACACAUCAACCAAAAACAACUAUGCAGGAACUGCCUGAGUCACCACUUCAAACAAAUCUGUCACUGUCGUUCCAGAUGCCAAAAAUGCAACGGUCGCCAUCAUACAAUGCUCCAUCGAGAAAAGCGAAAUGAUGAUACAAAAAGGCCACAUCCUUCCAACCCCACUCAAGAAAGGGUCAAUUCACAUCUGGGACACGCAAAGAACAACCUUCAAGAAUCAAAGACCUCAGUGCUAGCAACCGCCCUCAUCAGAGCUACCAACAAAAACGAUGAAAAAAUAACUCUAAGAGCCCUGAUUGACCCAGGAUCACAAGCCUCUUUCAUCACAACGGCCGCAGCUCAAACAUUGGGAAAACAAAAAAUCAAACAAAACGCUGAAAUAACCGGCCUAGGAAAUACCGCUACGGAAUCCAGGUGGAAAAUAAAUACGAACAUUACACCCAACUUCGACAGUGAAUUUGCGAUGGACGCUGAGCUCAAUGUAAUAGGCAAAGUUACAAAUAAUAUGCCAUCCACUCACCUUUAUACCAAAAUCAACUGGGAUAAUAUAAAACUCGCAGAUCCAUUAUUCCAUGUACCAGGUCCAAUCGACGUUCUACUCGGAAUUGACUACUUCCCCAAGUAUAUGAAGUCGGGAUUCAAGGCAACAGAGGAUGGACUAGUGGCACAAAACACUCAUUUCGGAUGGAUUAUUAGCGGAACCGCAUCAUCGAGUCCACAACUUCGUGUAGCAAGCUUGAUCACGAAUUUGAAUGAAAAUUCACAACUCACAAAAUUCUGGAACAUCGAAGAAGCAGAAAAUUCCGAGGAAACAACAAACGACGAUACUUUCGUCGAAGAAUUUUACUCCAACACCUUUCGACGGGACGAGCACGGUUACACUGUGAAACUUCCAUUCAAGAAAAGUACAACUCAGCUAGGAGAAUCGAAGCAGAGGGCCCUGGCACGACUAUUUCAAUUGGAAAACAAGCUGGAUAAAGACGAAAAGCUUAGAACUAUGUAUAAAGAAUUCAUGCAGGAAUACAUUGCGCUAGGUCAUAUGAAAAUUGCUAGCUCAAAUAAUUCAGCGAAGAGGUAUUAUAUUCCAUAUCAACCCGUAUUGAAAGAAGAACGUGAUACGACAAAGCUAAGAGUCGUAUUCGAUGCAAGCGCAAAGACAAGUACCGGACUCAGCCUAAACGACAUUCUUCACACAGGACCUAAACUACAGCAGGAUCUCAUAGAUAUUCUGAUAAGAUGGCGAAAGCACAAAAUAGCCAUAACAGCUGACAUCGAGAAAAUGUAUAGGCAGGUGAAAUUGGACAGAGAAAACCAGCUAUUACACUCUAUACUCUGGAGAAACACCAAAGAUGAGCCAAUUCAAACCUACGAAUUAACCACUGUAACCUACGGUACAGCACCAGCAGCUUACCUGGCCAUAAGAACAAUGAGACAACUAGCUAUCGAUGAAAAGAAAAACCACCCCCUUGCAGCUGAAAUAGUGCUACGGGAUUUCUACGUUGACGAUCUUCUGAGUGGCGCUGACCCUAUUGAAGAAGCACGACAUAUACAAAAGGAAGUAACUGACCUACUCAAAAAGGGAGGAUUCAAUAUAAGAAAGUGGAAAUAUAACGUACUGGCCGAAAGCAAAUCCACCGUCACGCUGGAUGACAAAAAUGGACCAAACAAGACGCUCGGUAUAACAUGGACCCCCAGAGAAGAUAAUAUUCAGUAUCUAAUAAAACGAAACUCCGAACAUCGGUUAACAAAAAGAAAAAUCUUAUCAGAAAUCGCCACAAUCUUCGAUCCUCUUGGAUUAUUAUCUCCAGUCAUUAUACAGGCGAAACUGUUAAUGCAAGAAAUAUGGAAAACCAACACAUCUUGGGAUGAACCACCACCAGAGCACAUCAGGAACACCUGGAAAAACUUCAGAAACGAGCUUCCAAAAUCAAAAGAAAUUCAAGUUCAACGCUGGAUUCACCUACGGCGUGGUCAACCCUUGGAAAUACAUGGAUUCUCAGAUGCAUCCCUGAAAGCAUAUGGCGCUGUAGUAUACAUAAAAACAACAGACAUAAAUGGGAACACCCACGUCGGACUCCUCACUCUCAAAUCAAAAGAAUCACCAUUGAAAAAUACCAAGACAAUCCCGCAGUUAGAACUCUGCGCAGCCCUUCUUCUAGCCAAACUCAUCAAACGCUGCGUUACGGCCCUGAAUCACAACAAUUCAAAAAUAUUCACCUGGUCCGAAUCUCAAGUAGUAAUAUCAUGGAUAAACGCUGACGCUGGAAAGUGGAAAAUGUUCGUCGCAAACAGAGUUCGAGAAAUCCCUAACCUGCUAGGUCAAGGUCACUGGUACUACUACCGUUGGAAACAAUAUCACUUGCAUUCAACGAUAAACUCCAGCACGAUCAUCGUAAUAAUCAUUGUCAUUGUUUUACUUAUUGUUUACUUUUUAAAACAUAGGAAACAACAACAAGCACCGACUGAUGCACACGCGAGCAAUAUACCAGCUCAUCAUGAAGAGAUCGAGCUGCAGCCAAUAUACAAUGAUCCCAGACCAGGCAGCCAUCUCCAGGGAUGA